CAGCUGAGGCUGGGUUCCUGCAGGAGCAGCUUCUACUUCAUCACAGUGGACCCUGGGGAGCCGGAACAAGGCAGAAUGGACAAUAAUAUGGAUACAAAAUCCAUUCUAGAGGAACUUCUUCUCAAAAGAUCACAGCAAAAGAAGAAAAUGUCACCAAAUAAUUACAAAGAGCGUCUUUUUGUUUUGACCAAAACAAACCUUUCCUACUAUGAAUAUGACAAGAUGAAAAGGGGCAGCAGAAAAGGAUCAAUUGAGAUUAAGAAAAUCAGGUGUGUGGAAAAAGUGAAUGUUGAAGAUCAGACGCCUGUGGAGAGACAGUACCCAUUUCAGAUUGUAUAUAAAGAUGGGCUUCUCUAUGUCUAUGCAUCAAAUGAAGAGAGCCGAAGUCAGUGGUUGAAAGCAUUACAGAAAGAGAUAAGGGGCAACCCCCACCUGCUGAUCAAGUACCACAGUGGGUUCUUUGUGGAUGGGAAGUUCCUGUGCUGCCAGCAGAGCUGCAAAGCGGCCCCAGGAUGUACCCUCUGGGAACCAUAUGCUGAUCUGCACACUGCAGUUGGUGAUGAGAAACACAGAGUUCCUGCUUUCUCAGACAGGGUGCUGAAGAUUCCUCGAGCCGUUCCUAUUCUCAAAAUGGAUACACCAUCUUCAAGUACUACUCUACCCCAAUAUGACACUGAUACAAAGAAAAGCUAUGGUUCCCAGCCAACCAUCAAUAUGCGGUAUAUUCCAAGGGAAGACUGCCCUGACUGGUGGCAAAUAAGAAAACUGAAAAGUGAGGAAGAUGCUUCAUGCAGUAACCAAAUGGAAAGAAAUACUGUAAAUCACAGCACCUCAAAGAUAUCAUGGGGAUUCCCUGAGUCAAGUUCAUCGGAAGAAGAGGAAAAUCUGGAUGAUUAUGACUGGUUUGCUGGUAACAUCUCCAGGUCACAAUCUGAGCAGUUACUCAGACAAAAGGGAAAAGAAGGAGCCUUUAUGGUUCGAAAUUCCAGCCAGGUGGGAAUGUACACAGUGUCCUUAUUUAGUAAGGCUGUGAAUGAUAAAAAAGGAACAGUCAAACAUUACCAUGUGCAUACCAAUGCUGAAAACAAACUAUACCUGGCAGAAAACUACUGUUUUGAUUCCAUUCCAAAACUCAUUCACUAUCAUCAGCACAAUUCAGCAGGCAUGAUCACAAGGCUCCGCCACCCUGUGUCAACCAAGGCCAACAAGGUCCCAGCCUCUAUAUCCCUAGGAAGUGGAAUUUGGGAACUAAAAAGAGAAGAGAUUGCCUUGGUGAAGGAGCUGGGAAGUGGCCAGUUUGGAGUGGUCCAGCUGGGCAAGUGGAAAGGACAAUACGAUGUUGCUGUUAAGAUGAUCAAGGAGGGUGCCAUGUCAGAAGAUGAAUUCUUUCAGGAGGCCCAGACCAUGAUGAAACUCAACCAUCCCAAGCUAGUUAAAUUCUAUGGAGUAUGUUCAAAGAAAUACCCCAUAUACAUAGUGACUGAAUAUAUAACCAACGGUUGCUUGCUGAAUUAUCUGAAGAGUCAUGGGAAAGGACUCGGACCCUCCCAGCUCUUAGAAAUGUGCUACGAUGUCUGUGAAGGCAUGGCCUUCUUGGAGAGCCACCAGUUCAUACAUCGGGACUUGGCUGCUCGGAACUGCUUGGUGGACAGCGAUCUCUCUGUGAAAGUCUCGGACUUUGGAAUGACUAGAUAUGUUCUUGACGACCAGUAUGUGAGUUCAGUGGGCACAAAGUUUCCAGUCAAGUGGUCAGCCCCAGAGGUGUUUCACUACUUCAAAUACAGCAGCAAAUCAGACGUAUGGGCAUUUGGGAUCCUGAUGUGGGAGGUAUUCAGUCUUGGGAAGCAGCCCUAUGACUUGUAUGACAACUCCCAGGUGGUUGUGAAGGUCUCCCAGGGCCAUAGACUCUACCGGCCCCAACUGGCAUCAGACACCAUCUACCAGAUCAUGUACAGUUGCUGGCAUGAGCUUCCAGAAAAGCGCCCUACAUUUCAGCAACUCCUAUCUUCCAUUGAACCACUUCAGGAAAAAGACAGGCCUUGAAGAAAAAAACAACCAGAAUGCUGAUGGGAAUGAAUACAAAUGUUGGCCAACACUGUCGUUCUGUUUAAGGGAAGUAGCCAAACACAAUGUAAUUUUAGUUCUUAAUACUGUUCUGUGUAUUUUUUUAAUCUGUUGUAUUAUCUACAAAGGAACAAAGUAGGAAAGAAGACAUUUCUUUGAAAUUUAGAUCAAAUUAGUGAUUUUGUUUGUACUGCUCCUAUAGAACACUUCCCAGUCUACAGUAAAAGUACAUUUUCAGGUUGCAAUUUAGAGAGCAUGUGUAUUAUGUAUAAAGAUUGAGCAGAACUGAAAAAUGAUAUAUUGAAUGCUCACUCUUUUCUAUUGCCACUUGUGGUCAUUAAAUAUACUUUCAAAUACAGAAAUGUGCGCAUUUGCCUGCAUGUGUAAAUGAUCUCAAACUUUAACAGGUGUGAGAGUCAAAUGAAGAAUUUAUUAAAACAUAGAUUCCUUAGGAAGUGUCCUAGAAAUUCAGAUAAAGCAGGUCUGAGUGCAGCUUGUGAACUGGUAUUUUUCCCAACCUCCCAUUCAUGCUGAACUUUCCUGGAGUACCUCAGUGUAUGUCAGGACCCUGUACUGUGGCCCGGAAUUCAAUCUGAAUGGUAAAAUUAUCAUCUGCUCAAUCUCUAGAUUAGAACAACAGCACUUCAUAUCAUCAAAUCAUGUAUACCUAUAUAACACCAAAGCUAAAUAAUAUUAUUGAACAAUGUGUUACAUGUUUCACAGAGAGCACAGUUUAUUAUGAAAGAUGCUAAGGGGGCUGGAGAGAUGACUCAGUAAUUAAGAGCACUGACAGC